AUGGGCAUUUUGUUUACUAAAAUGUUCUCUUCCCUGUUUGGGAACAAGGAAGCUCGGAUCCUUGUCCUUGGAUUGGACAAUGCUGGGAAAACUACUAUUCUCUAUCGGCUCCAGAUGGGGGAGGUUGUCUCCACGAUCCCAACCAUUGGAUUUAAUGUUGAGACAGUGCAAUAUAACAACAUCAAAUUCCAAGUCUGGGAUCUCGGUGGACAGACAAGUAUCAGGCCAUAUUGGAGAUGCUAUUUUCCAAAUACUCAGGCCAUAAUCUAUGUUGUUGAUUCUAGCGACACUGACAGGCUGGUAAUAGCGAAAGAUGAGUUUCAUGCAAUAUUAGAGGAGGAAGAGUUGAAAGGUGCGGUUGUCCUCAUUUUUGCUAAUAAGCAGGAUCUACCUGGUGCGCUUGAUGAUGCUGCAAUAACUGAGGCUUUAGAGUUGCACAAGAUAAAAAACCGUCAGUGGGCUAUUUUUAAAACUUCUGCCAUAAAAGGGGAAGGUCUAUUUGAGGGCUUAGACUGGUUGAGUAACACACUCAAGUCUGGAGGAGGCUGA